CGAUCGUUAGUCGAGUCCAAAGAGUCCCCGGCCCUGACGAGAGAAGCUCCGCCAUGACAGUCAAGGAAAAGCAAGCUAGGCUUAUGCCUCUGUUCAAACACCUGACGGCGUUAACGCGUGAAAAGUUGCCCGUCUCUCAGCGCGAUGACCGUCUAAAAGGAGUAGGCAUUCUCCCUCGAGGCACUCUCUUCUCUUGCUUCCAUUCUAGACAUCUGGCCGAAGCCACCGAACUCUACGUCACCCUCUAUGGGGCCAAGGACUUCGACGACUUCAUGCACCUGUGCGAACAAGCUCGACAGAUAGUCAACGAAGGAAUGUUCGUCUAUGCCGUCUCCGUGGCAGUAUUGCACCGAGAAGACUGCAAGGGAUUAACUGUUCCUCCCAUCCAAGAAGUGUUCCCCGAUCGUUUCAUUCCCACCGAGACCAUCAAUCGUGCUAAUAAAGAAGCCAGCAACCACCCUGACCAAGCCAGUAUUGUGGUAGAGGCGGAAGAAACCGGAAACAUUCUCGAUCCCGAGUACAAGCUGUCCUAUUUCCGAGAAGAUAUUGGCAUCAAUGCUCAUCACUGGCAUUGGCACAUUGUAUAUCCAGCUACUUGGAAUCCUGCUGUCAUGCACAAAGAGAAAGACAGAAAGGGUGAACUUUUCUUCUACAUGCAUCAACAGAUGUGCGCCAGAUACGACAGCGAGCGAUUAUCCAAUGGACUACAACGAAUGAUUCCCUUCCACAACUUUGAUGAGCCUCUGGAAGGGUAUGCUUCCCAUCUGACAUCUCUGGUUAGCGGUCUGCAGUAUGCUUCUCGUCCUGAGGGAUACAGCAUCCAUGACUUGAGCGAUGUUGACGUUCAAGAUAUGGUUCGUUGGAGAGAACGAAUCUUGGAUGCUAUCAACAUGCAUUACAUCAUAGACAAAGAUAACAAUAAAAUCCUGUUGGAUGUGGAAAACGGCACUGAUAUCUUGGGCGAUAUCAUCGAGUCUAGUGACGAAUCCAAAAACGUAGAAUAUUAUGGCAGCUUGCAUAAUUGGGGACACGUGAUGAUGGCCAAUAUUACCGAUCCUGAUCAUAGAUUCCAGGAAAAUCCAGGUGUAAUGAGCGACACUUCCACUUCUCUACGAGAUCCCAUUUUUUACAGAUGGCACAGAUUUAUUGACAACAUCUUUCAAGAAUACAAAUGCUCUCUACUACCCUACACCCAUGAUGAGUUAUCCUACCCCGGAGUGCAAAUCGUUAGCGUUAGCGUAAACUCCAAGACCGCCAAUGUUAUCACCACUCUAACCAAGGAGGACGAGCUGGAAUUGUCGCACGGUAUCAAUUUUGGAACCGAUCAGUCUGUCAAGGUUAAAUAUCAUCAUUUAGACCACGAACCAUUCAGUUACAACAUAGUAGUAGAAAAUACAUCCGAUGCUGAGAAACAUGCAACUGUUCGUAUUUUCCUCGCUCCAAAAUAUGACGAAUUGAAUAACAAACUAGAACCAGACGAACAGAGACGUCUGUUCAUCGAAUUGGACAAAUUCUACUCCAACCUUGCACCCGGAAAGUCCACUAUCACUCGCGACCAUCGAAACUCAAGCGUGACCAUCUCCAAGGUGAAGACCUUCAAAGAACUAGAUGGUGGAGUAGGAGUAGAAGAAGAUUCUACCGAAUACUGCAGUUGCGGAUGGCCAGAGCACAUGCUUAUCCCACGAGGUAGCCACAAGGGAAUGGAAUUUGAAUUGUUUGUCAUGUUGACUGAUCACGAUGAAGAUACGGUGGCUGGACUGAACGAAAAUGCCGUCUGCUCCGACGCCGUCAGCUAUUGUGGAGCAAGAGACGAUAGAUAUCCCGACAAGAAGGCUAUGGGCUUCCCAUUCGAUAGGAAGAUUCUGGCCCGCACCGCUGCAGAAUUCUUGACUUCCAAUAUGGCUUUGAUCGACAUCAAGAUCAAAUACCAGGACUCUCUUAUUCUGAUAUUCAUCUUACAAAUGAACAGUGUAAAGUGUGCGCUCAGGUCCAGACAACUCUCCAGAAUGACCGUCGGCGAGAAGCAGAACCGAAUUAUUCCGCUUUUCGAGCAUCUCACUUCUUUGACAAGAAAGAAGUUGAGUAUAGACGAAAGGGACCCGCGCCUCAAACCCGUAGGAAAGUUGGAAAGAGGAAAGCUGUUCUCCUGUUUCCAUGCCGAACACUUGGCCGAAGCCCAGUACUUAUACGAGACUCUAUAUGCCGCCAAGGACUUCAAUGAUUUCAUCCACUUGUGUGAACAAGCCAGAGAUGUCGUCAAUGAGGGUCUCUUCGUGUUUGCCGCAUCUGUUGCCAUUCUUCAUCGUGACGACUGUCGCGGAGUCACUGUUCCUCCCAUCCAGGAAAUCUUCCCCGACCGCUUCAUCCCUGCCGAGACCAUUAAUCUAGCUCUUAAAGCCGAUCUGAACAGACCCGGAGCAGAUACAAUUCAAAUUGACAUCAAGGAGACUGGCAACAUCUUAGAUCCCGAAUAUAAUCUUGCAUACUUCCGUGAAGAUGUUGAGGUCAAUGCUCACCAUUGGCAUUGGCAUUGCGUCUACCCUGCUACUUGGAGAGCGGACCUCAUGGGCAAAUACAAGGACCGAAAGGGAGAACUUUUCUUCUACAUGCAUCAGCAGAUGUGUGCUAGGUACGAUUGCGAUCGUUUAUCAGUAGGUCUGCGAAGAAUGACACCUUUCCACAACUUCGAAGAAGAGCUAGAAGGCUACUCACCCCAUUUGACUUCCCUUAUCAGUGGUUUGAAUUAUGCCAGUCGUCCUUCAGGACUAGCUAUGAGAGAUCUCAAAGAAGUAGCUGUGCAAGAUAUGGAACGUUGGAGAGACAGGAUUCUCGACUCUAUUCAUUUGGGAACCAUUAUAGACGAUGAAGGUAAUGAAAUCCCUCUGGAUGCUCAACACGGAAUCGAUAUUUUAGGAGACUUAAUGGAAUCCAGCGAAGAAUCUAAGAAUCGUGAUUACUACGGAAGUUUACACAACUGGGGACACGUCAUGAUGGCUCGGCUCCACGAUCCCGACGGCAGAUUCAAGGAGAAUCCGGGCGUAAUGAGCGACACUUCCACCUCUCUGCGGGAUCCUAUUUUCUACAGGUGGCAUAGAUUCAUCGACAAUAUUUUCCAGGAAUACAAAGAGACUUUGCCUUCAUACACCAAAGACGAGUUGAGCUUCCCAGACGUGGAAGUUGUCAAUGCCACAGUUAACUCCAAGGUUCCGAACGUCGUCAACACAUUUAUUAAAGAGGACUUGUUGGAGUUAUCUUACGGAAUAAAUUUAAAAGGAUCUGUCAAGGUACGACAUCAACAUUUGGAUCACGAUCCCUUCUCUUACACUAUCAACGUUGAGAAUAAGUCAGGAAACAUUAAACAUGCCACUGUCCGCAUCUUCUUGGGCCCUAAACACGAUGAACUGGGUAACCGCCUGACUCUGAACACACAGCGCCGAUUUUUCAUCGAGUUGGAUAAGUUCCACAGCGAAUUACAACCCGGAAAAAAUACCAUCAUGCGAAAGUCAACUGAAUCCAGCGUCACUAUUUCCCACGUUCCCACAGUAGAAGAACUAAAGAAGGGAGAAGGCAUAUCCGAAGACAGUACUGAGUUCUGCAGUUGUGGAUGGCCUCAACAUAUGUUAAUUCCUCGAGGAAACCACAAGGGCAUGGACUUCCAAUUGAUUGUAAUCCUAACUGACUACGAACUUGAUAACGUGGGAGGCUUGAACAAUCAUGCAAUCUGUUCAGAUGCAGUCAGCUAUUGCGGUGCUAAAGACGACAAAUACCCCGACAAGAAACCCAUGGGCUUCCCCUUCGACCGUACUAUCAAAUCUCGCACCAUCGCCGAUUUCAUCACUCAUAACAUGACCUACACCGAUGUGGUCAUUCAAUUCAAAGAACACUAAAUUUCUCUUUCCCGCACUAUAAAUGUAAUAAAGAUUUAAUAAAGUUUUCCGAAUUCUAA